UGCCAAGAUCCUGAGAGACUUCACCGAGAUCUCCAGCAGAAAUGGACCAGACAAACUCAUCCCCGCUCACGUAAUAGCUAAGGCUGAGGGUCUGGCCAUCAUCUCCGUCAUCAAGGCAGGCUUCAUGAUCACAGCCAGAGGAGGCAGCGGAGUAGUCAUCGCCAGGCUUCCUGACAGACGCUGGUCAGCACCUUCAGCCAUUGGCAUCGCUGGUCUGGGUGGAGGCUUCGAAAUCGGGGUGGAGGUGUCAGACUUGGUGAUCAUCCUGAAUUACCGGAGGGCCGUCGAAGCCUUCACAAAGGGUGGGAACUUGACGCUUGGUGGGAACGCCACUGUCGCCGUGGGACCUGUUGGAAGGAACGUGGAGGCUGAUGUGGCUCUGCGGAGUACUGCAGCUGUGUACACCUACUGCAGGUCCAGAGGUUUGUUUGCAGGUAUUUCUCUGGAGGGAUCCUGCCUCAUUGAACGCAAAGAAACCAACCGCAAAUUCUACUCCCAAGACAUCCGCGCAUCUGCCAUUUUGAAUGGUGAUGUGGAACCGCCGUCAGAGUGCUAUGACCUCUACCACAUCCUAGAUGUCUACGCUGAGGCCUACACCACCGACUGGACAAGCAAGAACUUGCAAACUAGGUCAUCCGUUCGCCCAGCCAGACCACCAGCUCCGAUCCAGUCAAAGCCACCAAGCUACUCCGAGGUGUCAGCAGCCAGUGCCGGAGCUGGAGCAAGGACUAAAAACACUCUCUACCCAAGUGUCUCUGUCUAUAAAUCUGAAACCUCAAGUCAGUUUGCCUCCAGAAACUCUCAGAUGAACGAUUGGGGAUCAUCAGAGGGUGGAGCCACUGGGCUGAUGGUUGUCACAGCGACACACCCCUUUGCAGGGGAGCAGCCAGGUGACCUCAGCUUUGUUCCAGGCGACCGUAUCACCGUCAUCACGAAGACCGACUCCCAGUAUGAUUGGUGGGAGGGGCAACUGGAAGAUGGGCGGGUUGGGAUCUUUCCUGCAAACUUUGUUACAUAUUGAUACUACUCUCUGGAUGUCUGACAGAAAAACCUCUGAAAGAACCAAUAUUGGGU